UGCGGCAAUACCACGCUGCCCCGUUGCCCAUGGGGGAUUUGAAAAGCUUGGACGCGGUGGCCGACCGGUUUGGGCAGCUCCCGCUCAUGUUCAUGCGGUUUCAUGGCAGCUCGAACGUGGAAGAGGUGGUGGAUGCGAUGGAAUACUGUGCCUAUGUGCAUGAUACGGAGUUGGUGGUGCUGGACAACCUCCAAUUCAUGAUGGCCAUGGGGAGCCGUGAAG